AGAAGAGUCAGAGCUAAGACUAAAGAGCGUCACCACACACUCACAUCAUAAAAAAAUAUCAAGAGAGAGUGAUAUAUUUGAGAUCUUAUGGCGUCGUGGAUGAAGGCGGUGCUAAUCUCUACUGGUUUCUUGGCCACUGCUAUGCAUCUUAAGGUCAUUGUUCCCGUGGCUGUUGAUUUCUCACAGGCUCCCAUCCUUUUUAGCUCUCUGCUCGCGUGGUUGAAACCGCCGUAUCUUUACGUCAUCACCAACGUCAUCAUCGUCGUUAUCUUCGUUUCUUCCAAGUUUUUCCGGAGUACUGUCUCCAGCACCGAAAGAAAAGACUACGAGGUUUCUUACAGCGGCGACAAUAAGUUUCAGACUCAUCAGAAUGAUCAUCAGCAGAGCGUCCACCACGCUCCCCUACGACGGCGGACGGAGUCUAAAGAUGCUGAUUUCGGUGGUUUCAUUACCAAAGUUUCGGCGUUGAUCGUACUUAAGGAGCCGGAGGUUGUGCAUGAAGAGAAGGAGAGGCUGGUAGUAGAAGCGGCGGAGAUGGUAGUAAAGGAGGAGAAGAGCAACUCUUUAGUGGUGGUAGCCAAAUCGGGAAAUCAAACUCCGGUGGAGAAGCCUUUGGUUACGGCUAGGAUCGGCCAACGCAAACCGGUGGUUAAGACAACUCCAGCAGAGAGGAACUCUAUGAGAGCGUUAAGAGUGGCGAAGCCUAAGCGUAACGAGACGUUGGAGAAUACGUGGAAGAUGAUCAUGGAAGGGAAGGCAGCUCUUCCUUUGACCAGUUACUACAAGAGAUCCGACACGUCUGGACUUGGCGAAGAGACAACCGAACAAUCUGACGUUUUGAAGAAAUCGGAAGCGUUUACUGACAUGACUAACUAUUACCAGUCUCUGCCGGCGAUAUUACCUCCACCGCCGCCUCCGCCGGUGAAGAUUAAGAAGGUGAAGGUGUCACGGAGUAGGGAUGAGCUGAACCGGAGGGUAGAAGCGUUUAUAAAAAAAUGUAACGACGAGAGGUUCGCGUCGAUGAGACUGGACAAAGAAGUGGCUCGUAGUGGUCUUUCGUAUUAGAUUAUUUUUCUAUUGCUGUCUUUUCAAAUACGACAAUAACAAGUGAACAAAAGUAGAAAGUCACGGAUCAACAAAAUCUCUUAUUGGUUGGUAUUUUGAUUGGAUAAGGGGGUGGUUCACCUUUGUGAUAUUUCGUCUUAGUUGACAAUGUAAUUAUGUCAUUGAAUUGAUCUUUCUCUCUUCGUUUUAUAUAUAUAGUUCAAUCUAUUCUUA